UGGCUUGAAAUAUAUAAUAGAAGUUCAACAUACAAAUCGGUAUCUCAGUCGACCAUAAGCGUAUUCGAGAUACGGUUUCAUUCGAAGUAUAUGACGCAAGAAAAUCAUUGUUUUCUGGUUUUCCAAAGUACUCUUAUAAUACUGUUGCCUAUCAGGCCGACUUAUGAGCGUGUAGCGUCCAGAGCUUCAAUGAUAAAAUGUAGUGUACUAUCCUAUGAAACCUUACGAGGAGGUUCAGUAGGAGGAACCGUACGUGAGAUGGUCUAGGUUCGGCGUUGAGCCCAACAUACACCGUGUUCGGUGGCAGCUUAAAUUCGAAACAGUUAGUCUUGAUUCACACUCAGGUACAUCGGGAAUUACGCUGUAUCUGAAAAAAUUAAAGCCAGCACAAUUAUCUUCUUGCUUAUUUCCCGUAUAAGAGCUAUUUAACGGGUCAAUCAAAUAUAAACAAAUCAGUGUAUUUUACUGAAUAUGGAAGACGUUACAAGCUUAAAUUCGACUCAUAAUUCUGCUAACCCGAGUUGAAUCUACUUUUUCAGAGAAGGGCUUAGUUUAUUUUAUUGAGAAUAUAAAUGUAACGUACAUAAAGGGUCUACUAAGACGAUAACAUGUAUGUUCUAGAGUCUUUGGUCCAUACGCCGUCGAUUACAGACAAUAUAUGAAGAUUUAUCGGAAACCUUUGGAGAACGUGUCCUCUAUACGAUGCACACGCAUUUGCUAAUCGCUCACUAUAUCGAGUACUUGCGGGCGUACAGCUUUAAUCAGUGGCUCUAAGCAGCACCCUUAUUGAAUCUGCAAGGGAAACGACACUUAAAAUAGAAUCAGUGCAAAGUACUGGUUAAAAGAAGAAUGUUUUGACCCUUCAAUUAUGUUGUAGGAUUGUGUAGCAGUGAAUCGUACACAGUCAACUCUCAUUAUGCAUGAGCAUAUUGUUUAUACACUGCAUAAGCAUCUCUUGCGAAAUAGACCUCUUUCGACAAGACAGUAUCGAACCAGAAUUAUACCGAAAAUCUAUAUAUUCUCGUGCUGACUUAAUACUUGGUCAUAGUACCCCAACAAAGUCUAAUUUCGAACAAAGCUGACACUUAAGACUAGCAUGAGACUAAAUGCAAUUGUCGAAAUAGUAGAAGUUAUCGUUCGUUGAGGGGUCCAUUCUAAGGUCGAGUCACCAAUUUAAAGCAAUAAGUUUUUAUUUGACACGCGUAUUGAAUCCUUUAUUGUACAUGCGCCAAUAAACCGCUUUAUCGGCAAAAGUCAUAAACAACAACAGAUCAUAAUAAUAGCGACAACAGCGAUGACCAAAGCAAACCAGUACCAUUUGUAAACGCCAAAAUGUUCUCUUACCUAUUUUCAGGCAAACUAUUUUUUAUCUAUCUGCGAAAAUGCCGAGACGAGAAGAUAUAGAGUGAAAAGCUUAUUGUCACGUAAUCUUUGACCUCAACAUGAAUAUAAAACACAGAAAAGGGUUGAUAAAACAAUAAGUACAAUAUCGUUGAAAAAUGUGUACAAACAUAAACUUCGUGUUAAUGCGUAUCCAAACAACUCUCAAGCUGUGAUUCACUGAGUAGGCGUCAUAAACAAAACAUAGGUACCUCGUCUCCAAUCGACGCUGUAACUUAUUCAACACUGAGCUUUUGAUGUGUAAAAUACAAAUAAAUCAAACUUUACUAGGCAUAUGGUGAGACUCUUUCAAACAUGACAGCCUAAAUACGUUUGGCGUGCCAGGUUUCUGAAAAUGUCGCGUUUAAAUGCCAGAACGCAACGCAACUCCGGAUCGGCUGUGGGAGACUGACGGCGUGUUGCUGGCGUCACGGGCUGCAGGUUUCAAACGUUUAGAUUAAGUGAGGUCAUACAGACGAAACUGCUUCACUCGAACUACGUAGCUUUUCACGCCACUGUGUGUAUCGGCCUCUUGUGGUUCCUAUUCCCGUCUUCGAUCACUUUCGUUGACUGGAUACCAAAGAGUCGAUAGUUAUAUACUUUUCCACUCUCGUUUUUCAAUACUGAUACAGCAUCGAAUAUAUUGUAAGAUGAUAACCCUUUGUUUAAUAUAAUGCUCUAUUUAUUUCUAUCUUGGUGCGGAUUAUUUGAUCAAAGCUGUAAACCGUAGUGCUAACGAGCAAACCGCACAAAAGCAUGUAUAUCGAUGUUCAUUUUUAACUUCAAACUUAAACAUAUACUUUCGUUUCAAUCUAAUAUCGUCUGACGAUCACAUAAUAUUGCCCGAUGCACACACGACAUUGCGCCGAUGUAUAGCAACAAGCUAAAAAUAAACAAAUAUCUAUUGGCAAUACUUUCAUCAUAUGUGGAAACAUCAGUUUGAACAUAAUUUCUAUAGGACUUGAAAGGCGACAUAAACCACGAAAUAGCUUUCCGUGGCAUUUUCCAUAGACGCUUUUCUUACCAAACUAGUAAAUCUACCUGCCGUCCUGCCUGCCUGUCUGUCCUUUGUUGAACUAAAGAAAGACUAAUUAACGCUGACCGCUACGCCAUUGAGUGCUAAACUCUUUCAAACACAUGCGACCAGACACUUUGGCCCUUCUAUUCAGUUCUUGCUCGCAGUUUCUUUACUGGUUGCUUUCUACUAUAAUAAAUGCAGAUAAUGCAUCAAUCAGUUAGUUGAAGACAUUCAACUAGAUGGCGAGAAAGUUUGUCACUCUUGCCGUGGACGUCGAAACAUCUGUCUGGACUAGCCGCUUUCUUUUGUUUAGAAUAAGAUCCAUCGAGUCUCAAAGCGGUAGCUGCAGAAAUUUACAAACGACGCUUCUUUGUUCUAUUCCUGCAAAAUUUUAUACAUGUGCGACGAGAUAGGAUAAAGUGCGGGCCGUAUGUUUCUAUCUAUUUGUCAGCAUCGAGUCGGUUAACUUGUCCUGGCCUUACCGAGACUUAUGAACGAGAGACCUUCUCUGUCAUAAAUUUCUGGUGACGGUUACCACAGAGGUCCGUAUUACUUUAUACCUACAACUAUAGCUACUCCAACUCGAAGCUAGCUCUACGAGAUGGCAUCGAGCCGAUAGCGAACAAAAGGCUUCUAGAAGACGCGUUGUCUACUGUCCAUUACCAAUCUGGUGCCUCAUUCCUUUAUAGCCAUUCACACGCGCGUCAGCCUGUCUGCAAGGGCUUUUCCUUUCUUGCCUCCUGCGGGCAUUGCUGACAAUCGAGAUAUUCGAGAGGAGGUUGAAUCUGCGGGUCGCUUAACAGCGGAGCAAAGGCUAAUACUACAGCUACAGCCAAUGGCUACACCAAUCGUAUCAGCGGCGAUAUAAUGGCCCUAUCCAGCUGCGCGCAGAAUUUAUCGAUUCAUGGCUGUAUUCGUGAUGUCGAUAAACUAGCAAACGUUAUCAUUAGACUACAGCUCAUGUACGCGCGGGUAGAAGCGACGUAGCAUGAGCUGCGACUGGCAAACAAGGCGCCAUUUUCCACUUUUGGACUGCAUAGUUCAUCAGCUGUAACUUAAAUAGCUCUCAGUGUUCGUAGCUGUCGAAGGUCAUCAAUCCCGCAGUGAUGGCGCUGUAAAUGCAGGUCAGGAAAUGUUUGGUGACAAAAUGAACGGUUUUCAGCGCAGACCGUCGCGACCCGCAGAACAUAAGAGGAUGGCCUUGUUUAAUGUGCAAGGCCUAGUCGUAUCGACAGAUACCUGCACACGAGAUCAGAUACGUAAGGUUAUCUGGUUCAAAUCUCUGGAAAAGGAUAUCUUCGUUGGGUCAUUCCCACGAGCCGGUGGAAGCUGGGUCCAAUACAUCAUCUGGACGUUACUUCGUGGAACUGACAACGUUUUACCUACUUUGAAAGAAAUGCGCACAAAGUACUUCCCCUGUAUUGAGCAGGUGGACCCGGACUACGUGGACAAAGACCUCACAAAGCGCAACGAAGGCCGUCUUAUCCACCAUCAUCUUCCGAGAGCGUUCGUCCCAGCAGGAGUUCAAAAAAGCAUCUAUAUCAUCCGGAACCCAUAUGACGUCUGUGUGUCGUACUACUAUUACCUUAAAGUCAAUGGAAAGUAUGAAGCCGAUUUCGGGGACUUCUUUGAAUGCUUUUUUCGGGGUGAGGUUCCGUUUGGCGACUAUUUUGACCACAUUGCCAGCUGGUACGAAGCUCGAGAUGAGCCUACAACUAAGAUUCUCUUCUACGAACAGAUGAUGGAUAACCCUAACCGCGCUAUAGUCGAAAUCGCUGACUUUAUUGGCGUUUCCGUAACACCAGAACAAGUCUUGGAGAUUGCGAGUCUAACGAACUUGGAAUCGCUGUGCGGGAUUGAAACGGAAAACGUUUCCCGGGAACACUAUCGUUACGCGUAUAAUGGCGACUGGAAAAAAAUGAUGACCGAAGGCCAAAAGGUUCGCCUUGAUGAACUCGUCGAACAGUUUCGAUACACGGAUAUGUACAAAGUAUGGGUUCAGUAUGCCCAUAUCUAAUUUACUGCUCGUGAGACGAUGCCAGCAAUAACAAGCGAAUGGCAACAAAGAGACCCUGGACCAUAUAAACACCGUACAAGCACGCAUGCUUGCCAACAUUAAGAUGAGAAUUAACAUUUAAAACACGUGUCAGUAGCCGUUCCUGGAUAAGACCGCUCGCAUGUCUCGCAGCACAUUAAGGUACUUCAGACUGGGUCUACGAUACAUAACGUUCCAUGUCAUUGUAAUAGAGGAUUAUGGUUAGUUACCAUCUAUCUAUAGCGGUUUAUUAUGGUGUAUUGUUUAUUAAUCUAAUAAAGGUAAAAUAGACCUAUGAAUCACAAAGGAUUGCCUUUUUGCAGCCAACGUAUUAUAGGCAGCCUAGGGAGUCAUGAACAUGUUAGCAUGCUAAAGACGUAUUUAUAUAAUGUUUUCCCUAUUUAUAUUCUAGACAACAGUAGGUAGUUUUACUUAUCUACGUUUUCACCUAUCAAACAGAUACUGUCGCAACAAUAUACUGACGAAAGUUCACGUCCCGUAUCUAGCGUGCUGUAAGAAUGAUUAAGCUUUAUGCUGGCCGAUAUGCCGACCGAUAAUGCUAGGAUCUUUAGUGAGGUAACAAUGUGAAGACUUUUGGGGAUAUGGACAUUAGAGAAGGGAUAAAUAACCACAUUUUAAGAACUUAACUCUUUGAGAGAGACUAAACCAUUGACAUUGAGAGGCACCUCAUAUCGAUACAAACUUAGCUUCCUAACGCUAUUUUACAUGAAGGCUACAAUUAAAAGGAUGCGCUGUGUGCUCCGUUAUCGACGACAAUAUUCAGGACUUAUUUUGACCUCUGACCUUGAUGUCUGCGAAUUUCUUUCAACGAAUUUGUGCGUGAAACUGACAUCUUAGGCUGGAAAACAAACAUGCUCUAUGAAAAACACGGGAGCUUAGCAAUCCAAAGAUUCAUGGAUUUGGACCACGUAAAGGGCUUCCUGGUGCAUCCUUAGAAUUAUACUAUGCUAACGACACAAAGCUGCAGUUCUUUCAUUUUCUUUCCUACGCCGAUACUUCUGUAUGCGUUAUUAUGGAUCAAUCUGUAUGGCUUCUGAUAGAGAUCACAAUUAUUAUCUCAAGUAUAAAUGUUGUUUGAACGGAUUACCUUUAUUAUUUACUAGGGUUAUUAGAUUAAAUUGACUGUAGUAUAUGUACACAUAUAGCAAUCUUACAAUAUAGUAUUAUAGUUUUUUUUCGUAUAGUGUGUAUUUUUGCACACAUACCUAGUUAAAUCAUUUUACCAAACCAGAAAUGUAUUAUAUAAUAUUUGAAUUAAUGAAAAUAUACAGGGAUACCAUAACAUGGUAGUGAUGCAGGAGAAUUCGUGCCUUAUUUCGACUACGUAUUAUUUUUUUAUGUUUACAAAAUAAACUUCCCCAAAAUUAAAAUCCAUUCCCCUUUCUACAGUCGUAUAUUUGGCUACGUAUCACGUUGAUAUCCGCCAUAAGAUUCAUUUGAAUCUACAGCGUUAAUAAAUGCACUUUGUUCACCUAUUGCACACCGUCGAUAUCUGAUCCCAAAUUAAUAUUACCUUUACCUAUACUUAUAGAGAGGUGGUUACAUGUUUUAGUACCAAUUUUAGAAGAUUGUCACCCGUGUACAGCUGAUAGCGGCGCUAAACACUUUUUGCUCGCCCAUUUUAACAAAACGCAUGUAGUCUGUAUACGUUUGAAUUUCUGUCUUGUCGUCUGCAGCAGUGGCGAGGAGAGUGGAAAAUCCGGCUUGCCUCAGCUUCAAACCCCGUUUUAUUAUGAGGCUGACCACCUUCAUAAAAUGAUUAUAGUUCCUAAUUUGAUCUUAUCGUCACCUCUGCUUAUAAUAAUAAUAAUAACAACAGAUUUAAGAUCUAUUCCCACUCUGCCACCGGGUAUUGCCGCUGAGCGAUUUCAGCUGUUACGCGAAAAAGUUACAGCUUCAUCAUGUUCUUGCGCCAAUCAUGUACGCAA